GGGUCGUCUUAUAAUCGAGCAAAUACGGUAUAUAUAUAACUUGUGUGGGUUCAGUAAAUGCGUGAGGAGAAAAUUACAGCUAAACACGAGCUCCACAAAAGUGUUACAACAGCCUCGGUCAUGAAGUGUACAAAAAGUAAAAAGCAGCCUGGUCCUUAAGGGGUUAAAUAAUUUCUAACAGGAAUAAUGGUUGGUUAAUAGGAAAUAGUGUGUUUCUGGUUUGGUGUUACAUGUUUGGGAAGGGGGUAUUUGGAAAACAAUGGCGGAUGUAUGCACCGUAUUUCCUUUGGUGGCAAUUUUGGCAAUUACUUUAUUGUGUUAAUAAUUUGUUGUGGUUUUGUUUCCCAUUUGUGUCUUUUUUGUUACCCAGACGGUUUGUGUCUGUGGGGUUAUUUGGUUUGGGGGUUAUGGUGUUGAGAAUCCGGGCCCACAAAAUCCAUGGUUCCUUAGUCAUGCAAAAAUUGUCUAUUUUUUAAUAGUACUUAACAAAUACUCUAAAGAAAUGAUCUGUCCUCUAAAAUUCUUCAGUCCUGACCUUCCCAGUCAUACGUCUUACAGGCGAAAAACACACAUACUGUACGGUUCACGGUAGAUUCUCAACACAUCAUUUUUGUUAUGAAAAGAAACUGCAAUGAAUUGUUCAUCGUUUACGCUCUCCCUCACUCUUUUAUUCAGAUAUAUUCCGGAGACUCCCAGAACAUCUGACUCUGAAAUGAAGCCUUUGCUUUGGAUCAAUGACAUCAUUUUCUUGCGGUUCCUCCUUUUCUGGGCAAAUUGCGAAGGCUCCGUACCGACUGUCACUGCUGUCCUUCAUGGAACCGCCGUCCUUCCCUGUUCAGUCCCAUUUAUAUCUGGCACAGAGGAUCUGCUGGUGUCAUGGGCGAAGAAGAUCGGCACAAAACCAUCCUUGGUGCUUCACGCCUUUAAUAAAGGACAAUUCAAUUUAACGCACCAGGCUCCUCAGUACAGAGGUCGCACCAACAUGUCUCCUGACUUGUCUAACGGGAGACUGGACCUGACUCUGACCCCCGUGGAGCAGCCUGACGAAGGAGUUUAUGUCUGUCAAGUGACCAACACGGCGGAUUACAGAGACAUCGAGGUCAGACUGAGGGUUAUUGAGAGCGGAACAUCUGGAGGAGACCGAGGCCGCCAUGGGCUGUGGAUGUCCAUCUGGUUCCUUUGUACAGCGGUUGUUCUUCUAGGCUGUUACAUUUUCUAUCGCCGAAGGUGAGUCCCCCACACCGGCAGCACCGGCCGCGUCUCAGCGCAAGCAUUUCAUUCAUUUCAUUUUCUGUAACUUUGUAUUCCG